CACACCCUCAAUACCCAUACCUAUAUCCGAUUCCCCUCUCAUCUGUGCUUAUAAUAAGCACAGAUGAGAGGGACUCCUUGCACAAAAUACAAAAAUAUAGGCCAGUAAUGACAGAUAAUAUUAUUUCGAUACAUUAAUAACAGAAAAAUAUAUAUUUUAAAUGACGGAAAUAGUCAGUUUCAAUUUGAAAUGUUUAUUUUAUCAAAUUUGUAUCAGUAUAUUUGGGGUAGCAGCAAAAAGCAGUCAGAUUUGAUUCUAGACAUCACUGGAUCAUUUGGCAGAUAUCAGUUAUGGCUUUUUAUUCUAGUAUGUUUAACAAAGAUACCCGUUGCUUUUCAUCAACUUGCCAUUAUAUUUCUUGCUCCUCCUACUCAAUUUGUUUGCAAAUCUACUGGAAUAUUAAAUGGUUGUCCGUGUGAUGACCCAAUUUUUGAUACAAGAAUAUUUACUCGGACAAUAAUCACGGAAUUUAAAUUAAUUUGUCAUAAGAAAUGGUUAACCAGUUUCUCACAGUUAGCUUUUCAAGCAGGCACGCUUGUUGGAAGCAUCAUUUUUGGAGAGUUGGCCGACAAAUUCGGUAGAAGGAUUCCCUUAAUAGGGGCUUGUAUUCUCCAAUUUGUAUGUGCACUUACUGCAGCUUAUGUACAUACUUUUGAACUGUUCACUAUAUUUAGAUUUGGGAUCGGCAUAUCGGUAGGCGGAACCAUGGUUAUUAGUUUUGUAAUUUUAAUGGAAUUUAUUGGACCAGGACAUAGAGAGAUCUUCUCAGCCCUUUAUCAAGCAGCUUUCAACUUAAGUAGCAUGGCACUGCCAUUGGUUGCGUAUUACAAUAGAGAUUAUAAGCGAUAUCAAAUGGUCAUAACUUUAACGACUCUCCUUUGUCUUAUCUAUUUUUAUUCUUUACCGGAAACACCGAGAUGGUUAAUAGCGAAGGGAAAAACCGAAAGAGCCAUUAAAAUUUUGCAACAUGUUGCUAAAGUAAAUAAACGUCCUGUCGAAAACGUGCGUGCAAAUGUUGAAGCUUAUCAACACGCUGCGUCAAAAUCCAAAGUAAAUAAAGGCUCCACAGCCGAUCUGUUUAAAACGCCUAAUCUUCGGACACGCAUUUUGGCCAUGGCAUUCAAUUGGUUGACAUGCUCGUACUGUUAUUAUGGGGUAGCGCAAUAUGUUGGCCAACUAAGCGGUAAUAUUUUUCUUAAUGUGGCUGGCAGUUCUGGAUCUGUAUUGUGUGGCACUUUACUGUCUAUACCUAUGAUGAAAAUGAUGGGUAGGAAGACCAUAUUACUAAUUUGUCAUUUCAUUUGUUCAUCUUGCUUAAUUAUUUUGGCAUUUUCAGAAGGUGUGGUAUCUCUAGUAUGUGCUACUGUUGGAGUUGUAACUAGCUUCAUUGUAUUUGUUGUUGUUUAUUUGGUCUGUUGUGAGUUAUUCCCUACUGUAGUCAGAAAUUGUGCUGUCGGUUUGUCAUCUAUGUCGGCUAGGAUCGGUUCAAUGGUGGCUCCUUUUGUACUAGACUUAAAAGACAUUCAUCCCUCACUGACUCCGCUCACAUUCGCACUGAUUCCUUUCUUAGCCUUCUUUAUAACGCUACUUUUACCUGAAACUAAAGGGUGUGAACUCACGAAUACUUUAGAGGAAGGUGAAAAAGCGUUUACAAAACCAGCAACAAAACUAGUAACAAAACCAUCAAAAUAAGCAGAUGCACUAAAGAUUUUCCUCGACAGUCGAUCCAUUUUCCAUUUCUAAAUUAUAGUCGGUUCUCUUUUUAGGUAAAUAUAAAUGCUAAACUGUCCUUCCCUAUUGUUGGGCUUUCCGAGUUAUAGAUUUUAAUUAUUAACAUGAAAGCCGGGGGUCUAUAAUAAACAAUUAAAGGUUGGAGAGUAGAGUCUUAAUCAUCCAUUAAAUAAAUAUUUUUCUUUAAUCAACUAUUAGGAAGCAUAUGCCAUUGAGUAGGUAUCAAACAUCUAGAUAACAUCGCCGUUAAUCUUAUAUCCAGUAUUUUUAUACAUAAUUUUUUUACCUUAUUGUUUUGAAAGGAGAAGGGGACUUCUCCAUACAUUUCUGGGCCCAGGUGUUAACUGAAUCAAACUAGCCUUAUUUGUAAGAGGAUAUAAUAACAAAGCCUCACUGAAAAUUUGAUGAAAUUUGGCUAUCCAGGAAUCAAGUUAUAUGUACCUAAUGUAGUAAAGGUGAGGUUAUAUUAUAACAUUGCAGUUUUUUUGUGUUUUUUACGAAAUACUUUUGAAUAGUUUUGGUUGUGUUAUGGUUUUAAGCAAGGAGCGUGUGUGACGUGUCGAAGAUCUGACACGUUUGGCUUUCCAGUGCCCCGAACAGUCGCUACAGUCGAAGACAAGUUUUUACAUUCAAUAUUCUGCACUUAGGGCCUAUGCACACCACGUUUUAUAAACGGCCAGCGACGCGCGUUUAGGAAACGCGCGUCGCCGGCCGUUUUUCUCCUACAGUGCAGUCUGUUGUCGUUUGAAACGCGCGGCACCAGCGCGUGUGUAUCGAUAACACGCGCGUUUGCAUCGCUUCCGCAUCCUUACACACGCGUCUGUAUCGCUACACACGCGUGUCAGGUGUGCAAAGGUCUACAGGCCGCGUCUAACUUGCGUGCGUAUCGCGUCUGUAUCGCUACAGUCGCGCGUCGACGGCGCGUUUAAAAAACGUGGUGUGCAUAGGCCCUUUUUUUAUGGGGCCGGUAAUCGAGCACACGUAUUACCUGAUGGUAAGCAAUCGCCGCCGCCCAUGGACACUAGAAACACCAGAGGCUUUACAAGUGCGCCCUUAGAAGCAAUAGGCACUAAUCUUUUAAAAACUAAAAAAGGGACAGGAGGAUAUAUAAAUAAAACAUCAAUAUUAGUAUAAAAUAUAUAUUAUUCAUCUUCAAUAAUUAGGAGAAUAUCAUCUAAGAAUUGUGUAGGGGGUCGGGGUACGUAUAUUUUCUUGGUAUCUUUCCCAACUGAGAUACCAUAUUAUACAGGCUGAGAUGCACGCCACUGACGAAUAACUGAUAAAAUCGCCACAUCUUCCAAGACUCUUUUGCCAAUAGAGUUACUGCGACCAGUCGCCAUCGUACAAUUUACACAGCGAUCCAUGUCGUCAAUAUCCGAUUGAUAGGCUUAAACAGUUGUCCAAAAUAGAGAGUCAGGUAAUUUAGAGAUGCAAGAUCCGUCAAAAGUCCUUUAUAAAGCCGAGGUCGUGGGGUUUAACAAUAAAACAUGGAAAAUACGUGCGCACUCAGAACGAAACACAACGAACGAGUGUCAUCUGUCAAUCGGUGACUGACUGAUGUCAGACAGAAGUGUUUUAAGAAGUUUAAAUCAAAGAGUACGUUAUACAUAAAUGAUUAAAUAAUCAUUAAUGUUUUAUAACUUAAUUUAAGUUUUCUCGCUUCCUAGAUAGAAACAAGGUACCAUAUUUUGUGAUUUCCUUUAGAAAAAUAUGACGGUUUUUUUAAUAUACAUUUCAACUAGUGUAAAAGGCCACUUAGUUGGAAGCCAGUUUAAAAGGCAACUUCCAAACUCAGAGGUGGUUUAAAUAAAGCGGCACUUUAAAGUCAAAUCACUUUUAAUGUCUAUUUACAUAAUUGUUAACAUUGUUCUUCGAACACGAGACUUACAAACUUACAUACAAAACUUGUUACACAAAAUGGCGGAUAAUCGAGAAAAGUUCUAGAAUAAAAGAUGGCGUGAUAUAGAGCCGCGGAGGAUUUCUCAACACGUCCGUACGCGUCGGUGGUCGGGGCGCUCUCUCUCUCACCGCUCGCAAUGGCUGCGCCGGCGCGCGAGGUUGCGGCGGUCGGGAGGAGUGGUCGUUCACGCGCUCUCAUUGGGCGUCUCCGUGACGUUGCAACCACAGAGUAAUCACACAAUAGACUACGUAUGUUACUUUUUUAAUUCCCGCGCUACACUAGUUAACUGCUGGGCCCAAAAGUCCCCUUCUCCUUUUGUUUGUAACUUGGCAUAUUUUUUAUACAGCCAAGUUGAUAUAUCAAUUGUUAAUGUUAUAUAAAUAAUAUAUUAUUUUAUUUUA